AUGGAUACUAAUUUAAAUCACAAUAAUUUAAUCCAAGGUUCAACUAGUAAGCAAUUCAAAUCCAAUCAAAAAAAAGAAAAUGCAUAUAGAAAUGAGGAAAAGUCGGAAAACAAUUUUGGGUAUAAAAAUUCUAAAACUAAAGAUGGAAUAAUUCAUUUCGAAGCAUUAGAAAAAAAGAACGCUGAUGCUCAAAAUUUAGUCCCUCGGGAACCAAGUUCUGAAUCUAAAUCUCUUAAGGAAAUUGAUAAUACAAAUCAUAAUGAUAAAUUACGGCCAUCAAAUAAGCAAUCCAAUCAAACAAAAAAAUGGACAUUAACUGACUUUGAAAUUGGUAAACCUUUGGGUAAAGGUAAAUUUGGAAACGUUUAUUUAGCUAGAGAAAAACGAACAAAAUUUAUAAUUGCCAUGAAGGUGCUCUUCAUAAAUCAAAUAGAAGAAGGAAAAAUAGAACAUCAAGUACGUAGAGAAAUUGAAAUCCAAACUCAUUUACGACAUCCUAACAUUUUACGUAUGUACGGUUACUUUUAUGAUGACAGAAGAGUAUAUUUUAUUUUAGAGUUUGCACCAAAUGGUGAAUUGUAUAAAGCUCUAAAAGCAGCACCCAAUGGACGAUUCGAUGAUAAAAGUGAAGGUGCUCGUGAUUUGAUUUCAAAGUUAAUUGUUGUCAAACCUGAACAGCGAUUGCCCUGGGACGGUGUGCUUGCUCAUCCUUGGAUUUUACAACAUUAA